AAAAACUCAGUUCAAGAACUUUUUAAAGCAGCUUUCAAACAAACUGAAAUUGACGUGAGCUAACAUCUCCCUUACCCUCCAUCAGUAAUAUUUAUUUUCUUUCUUGUCAAAGCAACUAAUUGUAUAACAAUGUCUGACGACGACUUUAUGCUUGAAGAUGAAGAGGAGGACUAUGACUUCGGCUAUGACGAUGACGAUGACGAAGAGGAACCCGACGUAGAUUUAGAAAAUAGAUACUAUAACGCCAAAGCAAGAAAAGAGGAUGACUUAAAGGAAGCUUUGGUAGAAUUUCAAAAUAUAGUGGAUACUGAAGAAGAGAAAGGCGAUUGGGGCUUCAAAGCUUUAAAGCAAAUGAUCAAAAUAUGCUUCCAACUAAACAACUUUGAUGACAUACUUAAAUACUAUCAACAGCUUCUUACCUACGUAAAAUCUGCAGUAGCUCGUAAUUACAGUGAAAAAUCUAUCAACAACAUCCUCGACUACAUCUCGACAACAGACAACAUGAUUUUUAUGGAGAAGUUCUACCAAAUCACUCUCGAAGCUUUGGGCGUGGAUGGGGAAGCGAAAAAUGAACGACUCUGGGUCAAGACACAAUUAAAAUUAGCAAAAUUAUGGUUGGACCGUAAAGAAUAUACACGCUUACAGAAGAUCAUUAAACAGUUACACGUCGCGUGCCAAAAAGAUGAUGGCACAGAUGAUCAAAGAAAAGGAACGCACUUAUUGGAAGUAUUAGCCCUAGAAAUUCAAAUGUAUACAGAGACGAAAAAUAACAAAAAGCUGAAGGAACUAUAUCAGCAGUGUUUGUCUGUUAAAUCAGCGAUUCCACAUCCAAGGAUCAUGGGGGUUAUACGUGAAUGUGGCGGGAAAAUGCAUAUGAGUGAGAAAAAAUGGGAUGAUGCACAGACAGAUUUCUUUGAAUCAUUCAAGAAUUAUGAUGAAGCUGGUAGUCCACAACGUAUACAAGUAUUGAAAUAUCUAGUGUUGGCAAAUAUGUUGACUGAAUCACAGAUCAAUCCAUUCGAUUCACAAGAGACCAAACCAUAUAAAAAUGAUAGAGAAAUUGAAGCUAUCACCAACCUAGUAGCAGCUUAUCAACGGAAGGAUAUAAAUGAAUUCGAACACAUUUUAAAGGUUAAUGAAAAGGCUAUCAUGGGUGAUUCCUUUAUUCGUGCUUAUAUCGAUGAUGUACUACGCAAUAUCCGUACUCAGGUCUUGAUAAAACUUAUCAAACCAUAUACUAGCAUUGAAAUCCAAUUUAUUUCCAAACAACUUAAUAUACCGGCAGAGGAUGUGGAAGAAUUAUUAGUGGGAUUGAUUUUGGAUGAUCGUAUUUCAGGGCGAAUUGAUCAGGUGAAUCAACGUUUGGAAUUGGAACGAAAAACUACAGAUGAAUUAAAGUAUCUGGCAUUGGAUGCCUGGUCCGACAAUGUUUCCAAAUUAUGCAAGACGGUUAUUGGCAAAGCGACUUGAUUAAAAAGACCUGGAAUUAAUUCAAUUCAAUGUUGCAAAAUAAAUCUUGGAACUUUAGGGUAGAUUAAAAGCUGUGUUAGAUUGACUUUGGAUAUUUAGAGAAGCAUCAAAAACGUAUCUUUUGUUCUGUAACCAUAAUCAAAAAGAGACC